AUGGCGUCCCCGGCGCUGGCGGCGGCGCUGGCGGCGGCGGCGGGCCCCAACGUGAGCGGCGCCGGCGAGGGGGGCAGCGGCGGGGCCGCCAACGCCUCGGGGGCUGCCUGGGGGCCGCCCCCGGGCCAGUACUCGGCGGGCGCCGUGGCGGGGCUAGCGGCCGUGGUGGCCUUCCUCAUCGUCUUCACCGUGGUGGGCAACGUGCUGGUGGUGAUCGCUGUGCUGACCAGCCGCGCGCUGCGUGCGCCGCAGAACCUCUUCCUGGUGUCGCUGGCCUCGGCUGACAUCCUGGUGGCCACGCUGGUCAUGCCCUUCUCGCUGGCCAACGAGCUCAUGGCCUACUGGUACUUCGGGCAGGUGUGGUGCGGCGUGUACCUGGCGCUCGACGUGCUCUUCUGCACCUCGUCCAUUGUGCACCUGUGCGCCAUCAGCCUGGACCGCUACUGGUCCGUGACGCAGGCUGUCGAGUACAACCUGAAGCGCACGCCGCGCCGCAUCAAGGCCACCAUCGUGGCCGUGUGGCUCAUCUCGGCCGUCAUCUCCUUCCCGCCGCUCGUCUCGCUCUACCGCCAGCCCGACGGCGCCGCCUACCCGCAGUGUGGCCUCAAUGACGAGACCUGGUACAUCUUGUCCUCCUGCAUCGGCUCCUUCUUCGCGCCCUGCCUCAUCAUGGGCCUGGUCUACGCACGCAUCUACCGGGUGGCCAAGUUGCGCACGCGCACGCUUAGCGAGAAGCGCGAGCCCGCGGGCCCCGACGGCGCGUCCCCGACCACGGAGAACGGGCUUGGCGCGGGCGAGAACGGGCACUGCGCCACCCCGCGCCGCCCGCGCGCCGAUGUGGAGCCGGAGGACAGCAGCGUGGCGCCCGAGAGGCGGCGGCGCCGAGGCGCGCUGCGGCGGGGCGGGCGGCGGCGCGCGAGCGGCGAGGGGGCCUCGGACGGCGAGGGGUCGGAGCCCGGGACGGGGACGGCCACGGCCGAGCCGGGCGCAAUGGCCGCCGCGAGGUCCCCGGGCCCCAGCUGGCGCCUGUCGCGCGCCAGCUCGCGCUCCGUCGAGUUCUUCCUGUCGCGCCGGCGCCGGGCGCGCAGCAGCGUGUGCCGCCGCAAGGUGGCCCAGGCUCGCGAGAAGCGCUUCACCUUCGUGCUGGCGGUGGUCAUGGGCGUGUUUGUGCUCUGCUGGUUCCCCUUCUUCUUCAGCUACAGCCUGUACGGCAUCUGCCGCGAGGCCUGCCAGGUGCCCGGCCCGCUCUUCAAGUUCUUCUUCUGGAUCGGCUACUGCAACAGCUCGCUCAACCCGGUCAUCUACACCGUCUUCAAUCAGGACUUCCGGCGCUCUUUCAAGCACAUCCUCUUCCGACGGAGGAGAAAGGGCUUCAGGCAGUGACCCGCGCACCCUACCCGGCGCAGAGACCCUGGACAGCUCCCAGUGGAGGGGGUGGGCAGGCGUGGCCUCCCAGGAGAAAGUGGGAGCAACUUUCCCAGGGGACCCAGGGAUGGAUAGGCCUUCAAGGCGCAGGGGAGGGUGCUGCAGGGC